GAGGAAGUUCCGAAUGAUUUUAUGCACAACUGGGUUCACCACAACAACAAAAUGAGGACGAAAUCUCUUGUAAUUUUAACUUGUUUAUUGAGUUUUGUUGUUUAUUGCUGUGCAGAAGAAGAAGAUAAAGGACCCGUUAUACCACCAUCGAAAUGCGAAGUUUGCAAGUAUCUAGCUACAGAGCUUAAGGACAGACUUGAAGAAACCGGGAAGACAAAAGAAGUUCUCGAAAUUGGACAUGGACUUGAUUCUAAAAAGAAAAAGAAAAUUAAAUACAACACAGCAGAAUUAAGAUUGAUUGAGGCAUUACAAGAUCCUCAUAUAUGUGAUAAAAUUCUUCAGUACAAUGUCCACAAAGAAAGGGAAGGCAGUUUGAGGUUUGCCAAGGGACAGAGUGAAACUUUCCAAACAUUGCAUAAUCUUGUGGAUAAAGGGGUGAAGGUUGAUCUAGGUAUUCCCUAUGAAUUAUGGGAUACUCCGUCUGCUGAAGUGACACAGCUACAAAGAGAAUGUUUUACUGUGGUAGAGAGAUAUGAAGAAACUAUAGAAGAUUGGUAUUUUGAACACCAAGAUCAAGACAUUAUAAAUUAUUUGUGUAGAAAACAUGUUCUCAAAAAUGAGGAUCAGUCAUGUCUAGACGAGGUUUAUGUACCAAAGGGAGAUUCAGCAGGAGAUGACGAAGACAAACCUAAAUCUACCAAAAAGAAAUCAAAGAAAAAGAAAGAUAAAAGUAAACUAAAAGGUGAAACAGAAGAACACACAGAAUUAUGACCUAAGAAAAUACUGAAGAAGUAAUUUUAACUCAAAUCUUUCCAGUUUUAUUUACAUUGAAUGGACUAUCAAACAUGUCCAAAAUUGUCAUUUGAAAGUCUUUAUGUGUAUGUUUUUGUUGUUGUUUUGUAGUUAUGGAUACAGCUACUAUUAUACACUUGUUGAUAGAUAAAUGCAUUUAUGAUCUUGAUUAAAUGUGACCUUAAUUAAGAUUUUAGAGAAGUCUCUAACACAGAUUUUUUUUAUAGUCACUUUUUGUAAUUUCAUAUUGUAAUACUUUUUUUUAAGUUCAUAUAAUAUAUAUCCUUUGUAAGCUUUAACAAAUCAAAAAAGUUUUCUUGCUUUAUACAUAAAUAUUGUAAGUUUUUAAUUUUCAUAAAUUAUUUAUAAAAUGCCACUAUAUUAUACAUCAUUAAUCAAUAUAUUAAUUGUUAAUUGUGAUAAUGUCAGAUAAUAUCAGAUCAGUUAACAUGUGGUAGCUUAUAAAUACCCGUACUUAUUUUCCCCAUCAAGACAGAGGAAGUAGAAUUCAAUGCAAUCUGACUAAAGUUCAGAUCUACUUGUUUAUUUCAUGUAGAUCUGAUAUUGACUAUAUUUGUUUUGCCUUCUUUAUAAUUGGGAAAGCUAUUUUUAGCCAUGCAAUCAAAGUGGUAUUUACAGAUAGACAUAAAAAGGCAUAUCAAAAAACUGUUAUCUGUGGAAGUUAAACAAAUUAUUUGUUUUUUGUUAGAAAAAAAAUUGUUUGAAGUAAUUUUUAUCAAAUUAACUUGAAAUAAUAGUCAAUUUUUAGUGGGCUCUUGUCUUGCUAGUUUACCUGUUGGCUAUAUGGACAAUGCCUUGUUAGUUCUCGACAUUGUGCUACUCAGUUUUGGUUUUCCCAAGAGUUAGAAACCACAUUGCUUUCAAAAUUAUGAAAGAUCGCCGAUGAUUGACUGUGUGAAAGGUCACAAGAAAUAACUUUGUAUUUGGUUACAGUCAGAUCUAAAAGCGGAUUGUUAUUUAGAGCCGAUUUUAAUCAGAUUGAAUUCAAUGUUAAGGAUUUUUCUUCUGGAGGUAACAGAUGUCAUCCAUCAGCUUCACCUAUUUGCACAUACUGACUCUAAAUGGAGGUCAUAAAUGCUAUAUUUAAAUGCUUUAAUUUUGAAAUCCUUGAAAUAAUGUGAUAAUGUUGUGUUACAAUUGAGAAAUCUUCAUUAAAACCUACAAAUAUCACAUAGAUGACAUUGAAUAU